AUGGGUAUGUUAUCUCUGUGGCUUAGGGAAAUGGCGGUUUUUCGUCCACUGUGUAGGAUUACCUUAACGAAACGGAUAUUUAUUAGAACUUAUUCAUCCAGUAAUAAAAAUAAGAAAGGAGUUGUGUUAGGAGCCUUCGUUGAUGAAAAUAAUAAUGUUAAAUUAACUAAAACAGCUAAAGGAUUUGAUGAAUCUAUUAAAGGAGUUCUUUUGGAAAAUUUGAAGAUUUCUGGUCUUAAAAAAGGAAGUAGUCGUUUGUUUUACAAACUAUCUCCCGAUUUUGAUGUUGUAGCAGUUGUUGGUAUUGGCAAAGAAGAUGCUGGUUAUAAUCCAAGUGAAGACAUCGAUGAAAGAAAACAAAAUAUCAGAACUGCUGCAGCAGUUGGCUGUAAAAGUCUCCAGGAACUUGAAGUAUCAACACUCUGUUUGGAAAGUUUAACUGAUGCUGCUGCAGCUGCUGAAGGAGCAGCUUUAGGUCUUUGGCUUUAUCAAGAAUUUAAAAACACAAAAAAGAGGAAAAAGAUACCUGAAAUUAACGGAUAUGAAGUAGAAGACAAAGAAGACUGGGAUUCUGCAAUGAUAACAGCUAACGCUCAAAAUUUAGUUAGACAUCUUGCAGAAACUCCUUCAAAUCAUUUGACUCCAACUGCCUUUGCAAAUGUUGCUGAAAAGGAGCUGACUGAACAUGGAGUAGAAGUAUGCUCAUAUGAUCAAAGCUGGGCCAAAAAUAAGAAAAUGGGUGCAUUUUUAGCUGUUUCUCAGGGAUCAAAAGAACCCCUAAGAUUUGUUGAAAUGAAAUAUUUAAAUGGAAAUAAAGAAGAUAAGCCAUUUGUUCUUGUAGGAAAAGGAGUUACAUUUGACACAGGAGGGAUCAGUAUUAAACCAGCAGCAGGAAUGGAGGAGAUGAGGGCUGAUAUGAGUGGUGCAGCAUGUGUUUUAGGUACCAUGAAAGCAGUUUCCCAACUGGGCCUAAAAAUAAAUCUCAUUGGUUUAACACCACUAUGUGAAAAUAUGCCUUCUGGAAGUGCAAUAAAACCUGGAGAUAUUGUUCAAGCUAUGAAUGGAAAAUAUAUUCAAAUUGAUAAUACAGAUGCAGAAGGUAGAUUGAUUUUAGCUGAUGCUCUCUGUUAUGCUUCUUCAUUAUCUCCAAAGUUAACAGUAGACAUUGCUACAUUAACAGGUGCGAUGAGGAUUGCCCUUGGUGGAGUUUUUAGUGGUGUUUUUUCAACUUCAACACCCAUGUGGGAGGAAUUAAGAAAAGCCGGAUCAGUCACAGGUGAUCGUGUUUGGCGUUUUCCAUUGGCAAAUGCUUAUUCCACAAGUCUUGUAGAACACACUGGUGUAGAUUUAAUAAAUAUAGGAAAAGGAGGUGGAGGUGCAUGUACUGCUGCCGCAUUUUUGAAGGAAUUCGCUCCAAAAGGUGACUGGAUGCAUUUAGAUAUUGCUGGUGUAAUGGGUUCUGAUCAAAAGUUGAUGGGCAUCCCAUACUUAUCUGGAGGUAUGUCUGGAAGACCUACAAGGACUUUAGUACAGUUCUUGACUCAAAUUGCUUGUAAAUAA